UCUACGUUCCAGCUUUGCCACGACAGAGGCUACCUGGUGACCCAGGACGAGCUGGAUCAGACUCUGGAUGACUUCAAGAGUCAGUUUGGAGACAAACCCAGUGAGAGUCGACCCAGACGGACCGACCUCACCGUGUUGGUGGCGCACAAUGAUGACCCCACAGACCAGAUGUUUGUUUUCUUCCCCGAGGAGACCAAGGUGGGCAUCAAGACUAUCAAGAUGUACUGUCAGAGGAUGCAGGAGGAGAACAUCACACGGGCCAUCAUUGUAGUCCAGAUGGGCAUGACGCCCUCUGCAAAACAGUCUUUAGUGGACAUGGCACCCAAGUAUAUCCUGGAGCAGUUUCUGCAGCAGGAGCUGCUCAUCAACAUCACAGAACAUGAGGUAAAAACACCAGCCAAAACAAAGUAGGCAAACACAUUUCAA